GCGCCAAUCGUCCGAGGCGUCAGGAUCAACCGGACACAGGGUUGUGAUACCUUGGUGAUAACUCUCGACAGACAUCCUCUCUUCGCUCAUUGGCCUCCUUCUGCUGCGCCAAAAGACAACCUCCUUCCUCGUCAACCGAUCAUAUCCUCAACCGCAAGAACAAAGUGAAAAUACUUGGGUCAAUACGCUUGGGUCGCAUUCGCCGCCUGCUAUUCUUGUGCUCCCGUGGGCGCGACUCCAGUCUUCCAUACAAUGCCGUCAGUCAGCGCCAAAUAGUGAUUUGCAUGGAAGCCGCCGCAUCCUAUUCAGUUCGGCGGUGAUAAAUAUCCUCGCGCCUACGCCGCAAACGACAUCAUCUCUUCCUCUUCACCUUCUCUUUCAUCCACCGACUUCCUCUGACCAUGCCGCUCCCCAUGCAUUUCCGCGCCGCGAGCGAGCCUGGCACUCGAAAUGUUGCCUUCAAAGUCAACGGGAGACCACCGCCCCUCCAGAAUACCAAUAGCGCUGCACCCACAGAGCGACCUCUACUAUCUGGCACAUCCACCACCUCCGAGCCCCCUGCCUAUGAUGACAGCGUCGUUCCGCCAUCGCACACCUACAGAACUCUGAUUGUCGCUUACGACGGUACGGGCGAUCAGUUCGAUGAUGAUAACUCGAACAUUGUACAGUUCUUUUCCAUGCUCAAGAAAGAUGACAGGGACCAGCAAAUGGUCUACUAUCAGGCGGGUAUCGGAACAUACACCAUCCCACAGAUCGCUACUCCCGCCUACGCAAAGUUCUCGAAGAUGGUGGACAUGGCAGUCGCGCAGAAUCUUGACGCUCACGUCAUGGCCGGAUACGAAUUCCUUAUGGAGCACUACCAAGCGGAGGACAAAAUCUGCAUAUUUGGCUUUUCUCGGGGCGCGUACACUGCGAGAGCGUUGGCCGGAAUGAUUCACAAGGUCGGGCUUCUCCCUGCGUCUAACAAACAACAGGUGCCGUUCGCGUACAAGAUGUUCACUCGUGGCGACGAGAAAGGAUGGAGCCAGAGUACACUGUUCAAGAGAACAUUCUCCGUAGAUGUUGAGAUCGAAUUCCUUGGAGUCUGGGACACAGUUGCCUCUGUGGGUUUGGUUCCUCGCCACCUACCGUUCACAACAUCCAAUACGGCAAUCCGCUACUUCCGCCACGCCAUUGCCCUCGAUGAGCACCGCGCUAAGUUCAAGGCCAACCACUUUCAGAAGUCGCCGCAGCAUAUCCACGCGCUCGGUACUCAACCAGGCGAGAUGCCUCGUUCGAACCAAAAACCAAGGCAUCCGCAGUCUGCGAACGGUGGCGCAAAUCCUCGUCAUCCUCAUUCACACGCCGGUCAGAAGGUGGGGAGUAAACAUCUCGAGAAGGAUUAUGAUGUUCCGAUCGUGGAGACGGACGUGUUGGAGGUUUGGUUCGCUGGUUGUCACACCGAUAUCGGUGGCGGAUCUGUCAAGAACGGGACUCGUCAUUCGCUCGCGCGGAUCCCCUUGAGAUGGAUGAUUCGCGAAUGCUUCCGUUGUAACACCGGCAUCCAAUUCCAUCGCGAGAUGUUCAAGUACAUCGGCAUGGACCCUAACCAUCUCUAUCCCUUCGUUCGCCCACGUUCGCCACCGAUCUUGUCAUACUCCUAUCCUCCCAUCAAGAAUGAGGAUGUCGACCAAAAAGUCGAAUCCUUUGAUGAGACUGGUGACUGGGGGACGUUGACGGAGGAGGAAGAGGACUUGAGAGACGCGUUGUGCCCGAUGUAUGACCAACUGAAGCUGGCCAAGGGCUGGUGGAUUCUUGAAGUCCUGCCGUUGAAAGUCAGGUCAACACAGCCGGAUCGAUCGGUGGUGGAUACUUUCAGAGUGAACAUGGCUCGCCCUCGCAAGAUACCCAAGCAACACAUGAACGGUAUCAAUGUGCACAGAACCGUGAGGAUUCGGAUGCAGGCAGACGCGGUCCAGACGCUCAACGGCAAGCCAGAGAAGUAUACUCCGAGGGCGAAGAUGCACGCUGAGCCAAGGUGGCAUGACUGA